AUGAUGCUGUUUAAGAUUGGUGCUGCUUUGCUUGGCGCAGCUUUUGUGAAUGCUGCGCUGUACUCGAACACGUCGCAGCACAACCACACCUGCGUGUUACAGACGCCAGUGACUUCUUGCUCCGUUAAGUCUCUUGAUCUUGCUAAUGUCGAUUCUUGCUGCUCCGAGACAUUUGGUGGCCUAGUUCUUUCAACCCAGUUUUGGGACACCCACACCGGUGAAGAGGAGAAUGGACAAUUGCUUCCUCAGAAGCAUUGGACUCUCCACGGUUUGUGGCCUGAUUUCUGCAAUGGCUCAUUCACUCAAUACUGCGACUUGAACCGUCAGUACGAUCCUUCUCCUUCGCCUAACACGACCAAUGGCGAGCCGGACGGCACGCCUGUUCCUGCUUGGAAAGGCCCAGGUGUUGAUACGUUCAUCGAGGAUUGGGGCCGUAAAGACCUUCUUGACUUUAUGAACACGUUCUGGGUUUCCCAGGGGUCUCCCAACAAGGAUUUCUGGGCCCAUGAGUUCAGCAAGCACGGAACUUGCUACAGUACGUUUGAUAUUCCUUGCUACGGCCCCAAGUACCGCAAGAAUGAGGACCUCAUUGAGUUCUAUGAAACAGCCAUUAAAUUUUACCGUGAGCUGCCCACCUAUGACUGGCUUGCCGCUGAAGGUAUCACCCCUAGUAACAAGACAGCCUACAGCCUCUCUGAUAUUACCAAUGCUUUGAAGAAGCACUAUGGUGCUACUCCUCAUCUCGGUUGCAGUGGCCCCUCGUACAGUGAAACAGAUGCCGGCAAGGGUUCCAAUGACCAUGGUCGUACUGUCCUCACGGAAGUCUGGUACUUCAACCAUGUCACUGGCCGUGUCCAGGAUGCUAAUGCCACGCACAUUGACAGCACUACUGAUACCUCUUGCUCCUCCGCUGAUGGUGCAAUCUGGUACUACGAGCGUGCGUCCAAGAGCGAGCAGGACGUAAGCGACAAAGAGUUCUAA